AUGUCCACUGUAGGCUACGCUAACGGCAGCAACUGCGGCGCGUGUUUCCAGAUGCGGUGCACCGGCCACCCGUCGUGCAAACCGGGGAUCAUGACAGUGCCCGUUACUGUCACGAAUAUCUGCCCGCCGAAUGCGCCCGGCGGGUACUGCGCGAGAAAUAAGCGGAGCAUCACGCUGCCCAAUCCUGUGUGGAAUCAGAUGUCGAAGGAUCCCUCGGCUGGGGUGGUUCCCGUGGAGAUUCAGCGCGUCAAGUGCCGGCGCGUCGGUGGCGUCGCGUUCAACAUCACCGGGAAGGAGUACUACGUCACAGCCAUGCCUCUCAACGUGGCCGGAUCUGGCGCCGUGAAGCGCGUCGACAUCUCGAUCGCGCGCGGCCCGUGGAUGACGAUGCGCAAGAGCUACGGCGCCGUGUGGGACCUGCCCGGCCUGCCCGUGGUCGGCAUGUCGCUCUCCUUCCGCCUCUGGCCCGCCCAAGGCCCUCUCCCGCUCGAAGCGUGGGACGCUGUCCCCGCGAAUUGGGUUAGCAAUAAGAUUUAUCGCACGGCGGUCAAUUUCCCGUGA